GGAAGUAGAUCGGCCUUAGCGGGGGAGGGGGCAGUUAUUGACACCGGAAGCGGCCGUACAGCAAACAUGGCGUCGGUGGUGCGGGCCCUGAGGACCCGGGCGCCUGUUACAGCCCUGCUGAGCCCACCUCAGGCUGCAGCUCUUGCUGUCAGAUAUGCAUCCAAGAAGACAGGUGGCAGCUCCAAAAACCUUGGUGGAAAGUCACCAGGCAAACACUUUGGCAUCAAGAAAAUGGAUGGUCACUAUGUUCAUGCUGGCAACAUCCUUGCAACUCAGCGCCACUUCCGUUGGCAUCCAGGUGCCCACGGGCCUGAAUCCUCUGAGGACUAUCCUGAAGCCCUGGGAUGGACCACCUGGCUGGGUGUCCGGCUGAUCAGCUCUGUGUUGCAGGUGGGGCUGGGGAAGAAGAAGCACCUGUGUGCCCUGGAGGAGGGGGUAGUCCGCUACACUAAGGAGGUCUACGUGCCCAGUCCCAACAACUCAGAGGCUAUGGAUCUGGUCACCAGCCUGCCUAAGGGUGCUGUGCUCUACAAGACUUUUGUCCACGUGGUUCCUGCUAAGCCUGAGGGCACCUUCAAACUGGUAGCUAUGCUCUGAACUCCUGGUUGAGGCCAUUGGACAGAGACUUUGAAGUCCAGGUGACAUGAGUGGGUGGUACCAGAAGUCAAGGACUGGCGUGAUGGCAAGUCUGCUUUGUGGUGAUUGCAGAAGGAUUCUGUGAGGUGACUGGGUGGGAAGCCCAUUGGGAAACCUGACCUGGAACCAAAAAUAAAGUUAGCUGGGGUCACAAGUCUA